GGAAAAAUGGCGACCAUUGUGAAGAAGUUGAACUGUAGUAUUCACAUCAAAAAAAUGAAUUUAACGAAUAGUCUGGCGAACAAAAUUAAAGUAUCUGCAGUCUUCAUUUUAAUACUCGGUUUUACAAGUAGUUAUGGAGAAAACAGCUUUGGAGAUAAUGUCUAUGAAUAUCUCAAGCGGGAGUAUUCGCUGAGUAAGCCAUACCAAGGACUGGGUUCAUCCACCUCCUCACACUGGGAGUUCAUGGGUAACACCAUGAUCAUGCCUGAACACAUACGGCUGACACCAGACAUGCAGAGCAGACAAGGAGCUGUGUGGAGUCGUAUUCCCUGUUACAUUAGGGACUGGGAACUACGAGUGCAAUUUAAGGUCCAUGGUGAAGGCAAGAAGAACCUGAACGGGGAUGGCCUUGCAAUAUGGCUGACCAGAGAACGAAUGCAAAUUGGUCCAGUGUUUGGAAACACAAACUUUUUUACUGGUUUGGGUGUUUUUGUAGAUACUUAUCCCAAUGAUGACAAGCAGCAUGAGAGAACUUUUCCUUUCAUCUCUGCAAUGGUCGGGAAUGGUAGUGUUGAAUAUGAUCAUGACCAUGACGGACGAACUACUGAUCUUGGUGGCUGCUCUGCCCAUGUUCGCAAUGUUGAACAUGACACCUUCCUCUUGAUUAGAUACAUGAAGAACAGACUCACGGUGAUGACUGAUAUAGAAGGGAAGCAAGAGUGGAAGGAUUGCCUGGACAUGCCUGGGGUGAGGAUGCCACAGGGUUACUACUUUGGAGUCUCGUCAGCUACUGGAGACUUAUCAGCUGUUUGGAUGAAUCUCAAUCGAGCAUUCUUGUACAAAAGGAAUCAAAUCUACUCAAAUACUGUUAAGUGCCCAUUCACUCAUGUGUCAUCAGCAGCCGAAAGCCAUUCACACAUCUGUCCAAAAAACACUUCCAAGAUUUUCAAAAACUAGAUGCAAUAUGAUUGAAGAAAAUAUGUAAGGAAAGAUAAGGUAAUUGUUUCAAAAUGAUCAUUUCUGCUUCAUAAUAUUUUUUGAAUUUGAGAGUUUGUAAUAACGUUUUUAAAUGUGACUACAGGCGUUUAACCCUGCUUCUGCUUCAUUAUGGAUGGUAGGCAGGUGAGAAUAUUUGAAAAAGUAAAACCAAAAAGUAAAACCACCUAACAUCUAAAGCACUCCCAUGAGCAAGAUUCUGCUACAAAGAAUAAUACUAAUAAAGUCGUGCUUCGAAGGAUUCUAUUAUAAUGGGAGCUCAUUAUUUGAUGUGAAGAUCAUUUUUGAGGUGUCUGCAUCAAACAGUUAUCGCCACAUUUUUUUGUUCCUGCAGGGGUUUUGAAAUGGGGGUCCAGGGGCCGCUAGGGGGUCUGCAAAAAUAUCAGAGUUCUUUUUUUUUUUUUUUUUUGUAAAAAUGUUGACACUAUUGCAGUUUCAUUCUGCAAACAUUAGAUCAGUCAUGAUUGUUUAAUUGUAUUGACAGCCAUAGUAAUAAAAAUAAAAUGGCACAUAAUUGUAUAUAUUAUGAAAAAAAAAACUUUUUUGUAAGAAAUAAGGGUUGUAAUUAAAGCUGCUUUGAAACAAUAAUUAUUGUUAAUUGUACACUUUUGCACAUUUAUUUGAGGGAUGAAUAAAGUAGUAUAGUAUCGUUAUAUAUUGCUUUUCUCAAUAAACAUAAAUAUUUAUAAUUGUAAAACAUUUUAUUGAAUUGAAAAUAUUGGUCUUCGGGUUUAUACACCUAACAUUACUCCAGCAUAAGAAAGAUACACUGUCAACCUAAUAAAAAGUAUUUUCCAAAUAAUAGGUUUAUGUAGUAAUUGUAUUAGUAAUAAUAUUAGUAAUUAUUUUGGCUUUAGUACAAUGAUAAUAUAAAAGCCAAUUAUUUAAUUUUUCAAACAAGAAGUCUUUAUAAUAUCAUGUUUACUACUUUUCUCACAAAGUGGGUCCUUGGCAUAAAAAUCUUUGAAAACCCCUUUAACACACCAUUGGCUGAUGCAGCGGUUUGCUGUCUGUGCUAAUUCUCUAAAUUUAGAGUAUUCCAGAAAGCAGGUUAAGCGACUUAGUGGAUAACCUCAGCUUUCGGUGUCAAAAACUGAGGUAACUUGUAUGUUAGUAGCUGUAGCAACGUACUCUCUGAACCUAACCUGGUCUGGAGUAGGUUAUGUUCCAGGGUUAGUUUAUUUCAGGUACAGUUGAAGUCAGAAGUUUACAUACAUUUAGGUUGAAGUCAUUAAAACUAAUUUUUUAACCACUCCACAGAUUUCAUAUUAGCAAACUAUAGUUUUGGCAAGUUGUUUAGGACAUCUGCUUUGUGCAUGACACUCAGUGCCUCUUUGUUUGAUAUCAUGGGAAAAUCAAAAGAAAUAAGCUAAGACCUCAAAAAAAAAUUGUGUACCUCCACAAGUCUGGUUCAUCCUUUUUCCAAACACCUGAAGGGACCACGUUCAUCUGUACAAACAAUAGUACGCAAGUAUAAACACCAUGGGACCACACAGCCAUCAUACCGCUCAGGAAGGAGACACAUUCUGUCUCCUAGAGAUGAACGUAUUUUGGUGCGAAAAGUGCAAAACAAUCCGCCAUAAAAAAGCCAGACUACAGAUUGCAAUGCACAUGGAGACAAAGAUCUUACUUUUUGGAGAAAUGUCCUCUGGUCUGAUGAAACAAAAAUUUAAAUGUUUGGUCAUAAUGGCCAUCAUUAUGUUUGGAGGAAAAAGGGUGAGGCUUGCAAGCCGAAGAACACCAUCCCAUCCGUGAAGCAUGGGGGUGGCAGCAUCAUGUUGUGGGGGUACUUUGCUGCAGCAGGUACUGGUGCACUUCACAAUAUAGAUGGCAUCAUGAGCAAGGAAAAUUACGUGGAUAUAUUGAAGCAAAAUCUCAAGACUUCAGCCAGGAAGUUAAAGCUCAGUUGCAAAUGGGUCUUCCUAAUGGACAGUGACCCCAAGUAUACCUCCAAAGUUGUGGCAAAAUGGCUUAAGGACAACAAAGUCAAGAUAUUGGAGUGGCCAUCACAAAGCCCUGACCUCAAUCCUCAAGCAUAGUAAAUAUGUGGGCAGAACUGAAAAAGCAUGUGCGAGCAAGGAGGCCAAUAAACCUGACACAAUAACACCAGUUCUGUCUGGAGGAAUGGGCUGAAAUUCCAGCGACUUAUUGUGAGAAGCUCGUGGAAGGCUACCCAAAAUGUUUGACCCAAGUUAAACAAUAUAAAGGCAAUGCUACUAAAUAUUAACAAAGUGUAUGUAAACAUCUGACCCACUGGGAAUGUGAUGAAAGAAAUAAAAGCUGAAAUAAAUCAUUCUCUCUACUAUUAUUUUGACAUUUCACAUUCUUAAAAUAAAGUAGUGAUCCUGACUGACCUAAGACAGGGAAUGUUUUCUAUGAUUAAAUGUCAGGAAUUGUGAAAAACUGAGUUUAAAUAUAUUUGGCUAUGGUUUAUGUAAACUUCUGACUUCAGCUGUAGAUGUCAGUAAGUUUCAAAGGUUGUCAGCUCAUGUGUGCCCUUUUAAUAGAGACACAGUUGGCGUGGAAGUUCAGAUUACGCACACAACUAUAUUUUUAAAGCAAUAUUACGGCAAUCUGCUAUCUUUACCUCACAUAUCUUCUUUACUCCGGCAUUUCCAGUCUCUCACACCGCAGAUUUGCAUUCAAAAGUGAACAAAUUGUGUACAUUGUGCUUUUUUAAUGGGAAGUUUUUAAUACUGUACUAUUUUUUUUUAACAU